UUAAUCGGAAUGUCAUCUCGAGGCAACUCGAGCGAAGUAUGAAUCAUAAACGCCCUCCCCCCUGUUUCCGCUUGUCAUAAGUGCGAAAAUAUUGGCUUAAAGCUAGUGCUUUAUUUUUAAAUUUGAAAUGACCAGAGAAUAUGAUCACUUAUUUAAGCUUCUUAUUAUUGGAGACAGUGGUGUUGGAAAAAGCAGUUUGUUGCUUCGAUUUGCUGAUAACACAUUUUCAGGUAACUACAUAACAACAAUAGGUGUUGAUUUCAAAAUACGCACCUUAGAAAUCGAUGGUGAAAAAGUUAAACUGCAGAUAUGGGAUACAGCUGGCCAAGAAAGAUUCAGAACUAUAACUUCAACAUAUUACAGGGGUACUCAUGGUGUAAUUGUAGUUUAUGAUGUCACCAAUGGAGAGUCAUUUGCAAACGUGAAGAGAUGGUUACAUGAAAUAGACCAAAAUUGUGAAAUGGUAAAUAAAAUACUGGUUGGUAAUAAAAAUGAUGAUCCCGAAAGAAAAGUUGUUUUAACUGAAGAUGCUCAAAGUUUUGCUGAACAGAUGAAAAUUAAAUUAUUUGAAACUAGUGCUAAAGAAAACAUAAAUGUAGAAGAGAUGUUCAAUGAAAUAACAAAAAUGGUUUUACAAAGUAAACGAGAGCACAAAGAGCAGCAACAGAAAGGAGGUGAUAGCACAAUACGAUUAGGUGGUAAAUCUUCAGGAAAAGGAAAACGAAGAUGUUGCUAGCACUUAAAUUAUUAACAGGUCAAAAGACUCCUGUAUUUUAUAUCAAGAAAAUAUGUCAAAUUACAUUUCAUGUUUGACUCCUGUGUACUCAGAUUCACUCUGUAUAAUAUAUACAGUGUUAAACUAUAGCAAAUUUUAUUUAUCUACUCUUUCUGUACAUAAAGUGUGAGUGAUUAAACUUAAAAAGUUAUAAAAUGACAUUCUCAAAAAACAGAAUUUUCUGUUUUUGUUACAAUUUAUAUUUUUGUAAUUUGAAAAUAUUUUGAUACAUUUUAUAGUAUUGCCUUUUAUAAGUAGCUCAUAUUCAAGCUCUGUGUAUAAAUUUCAGUCUUUGCUACUCUUAAGUAGAAUUCAUUGCUUAGGAGACUACUUAAAAUGUAAAUCUUACUCCUUUUGAAUUAAGUUGAUUUUUAUAAAUCUUCAUUACACACACAUAUAUAUAUAUAUAUAUAUAUUAUGCUACAUUUUCUGUGAUAAAGAAUCUGAAACACACAAAAUGAAAAGGAAAAAAAGUAAAAUAUUAACAUUAGCUAUGUAAUCUGUAAUUCUACAUGGUUGUUAUAUAUGUAACUGCCAUUUAAAAAUGUUUCAGAUUGAGAAACUAUGGAAUUUCUAAUAAAAAUUUAAAUUUUUACAUUUUCCUCCUUUAAAAUAUGCUUCAGAGUCUUAAUGAAAAAUAAAUAAAUAAAAAAAAAAGGACUAUAUGUUUUUAUGUAAUAUAAUGUAAUUUUAUUAAAAAUUAUUGUAUUUUGUACUUAAAAAGGUCUUAAGAUUUUUGGAAAGGAAUAAAAAAAGUUUAUGAUAAAAGUAUACAUAUCAAUACAAUGUUUUCCUUGUUAAAAAUCAAUCUAGUAAUUGAACUAUAAGUACAAUAAAAUGCCAGUUAUUAAAUUAAUGUAAAGUCUGAACAGAAGAGAAGGUUUUGGAUGGCUCGUAAUGGAUACACAGUUUGCAAUGUCAUAAUAUCACUUAAGCCUUAUUUUGUGGCUUCAUGAAUUUAAUGUCAUAGAAAAUACAUUUCAUAUUUAUUUUUAUGAUUUAUCAUUUAUUACAUGUUUAGUAGAUGUAAUAAUUUAAGAAUCAAAGUUGUGGUAUUUACAUUUUAAAAUUUCAUUAUUUAAAAUGCAUUUUAAAAUAAUGAAAUGCUGCAUUUUAAAAUGAAAUAAAAUGAUAAAAAAGAAGUUGAUUAUUUAGAUUACAGCAAAGCACUGGGAGACUAUUUGCGUAAGGGAAGAAAGGGAUGCCUUUAUGAAAAACGUUUUAAAGGAAACUCAUUCGUAUUCAGGUCACACAAGGAGAAAGCCACAAAAAUUUCCAUGCAGCCAGCACAUUCAUAAAGCUUUUAACCAUGGUUGAAUUAGCAGUGUUUAGUGACCUUGCCAUUCAAUAGUUGGUAAACAUAACAAAAAGAAAUUGUUUUAUAAUGGUUAAACAAUUGGCAUUUAACACUUCUUUAAAAUCGUCCUUUUAAUUUUGUAGUGGUUUCCUCUUGCAUUGCCAUACUAUUCUGUAAUUGUCUGAAAAUCAAGUUGUAGGUAAUUGUUAUGUGUUCCUGCCAUUAAGUAUACAGCAGUUCUGUAACAGUCUGAAAAAUCCUUUGUGUGUCUGGUAAAACUUUUAUAAAUUAUGAGGUGGAAAAAUAGUGCAUUAAUGUUAGAGAUUCACUGCAGAGCUCAAGUGAACUGGGAUUUUACUGUACUUUAUUUCAAUUUGUUUUAUACAAUUGUUAUAAAAUCUGCUAAUACUGUUAGACUGUUUCAUUGUAUAUUAUAUUUGUGUAUGUGCAUCAUUUUAAAGAAUUGUGUGUUCCUGCUAAUAAAAUUCUUUUGAUAUUCUCACAACAGAUGGCCUACCACUUGUGAACUAUGAUCAAAACCAAAGAGAUCUAUUACAUUGCCAUACUUAAAUUGCAUGUAAAGUAGUUGUACAUAAAUGUACUGAUGGAGUUCUGAAGAGCCCCUUGAUGGUCGUCAUUGUACUUUAAAGACACUAGCAAAAUGGGUCAAGCAAUCUUUUUUGGCAUCUGUCAAUUAAAGCAGUCUUAUUUCAGAUUUGCCAUACUACUUGAAUCAGAUGUAAAACAUAAAUUAGCCAUUUGCUCUUUAUUCACACAGACACUGCCCUGAUGUCUCUCAACAUAGCCAGUAAUUUAUCUCCUUUGUUGACAGAUCACCACCAGUCAAGCAAGGCAAUAUGGCAGCAUUUCAAAUAUUUUUUUUCAUAUUCUGUAUAAUUAUUUAAGUUACCCCCAUGCACACACAGAAAUUCUAUCAUUUGAGUGUUGGUUACCAUAGUAGGAUAAGCAAAAUUCAUCUGAUGAUUUACCAUCAGUACAUGGCUCAUGUUCACAACCAAAAACAAAUGCAGGGUAGGUCACCUGUUGUUAUAGCUGAGGUCUAGUAGGUCACCUGCUGCGAAAAUACUGUUAUGUCUAUGCUGGGUUUAAAAUAUGAUCUGUGGAAAUAAUAUAUAUAUAUGCAUGAUUAUUUUUUUGUCAAGUAUCAAUUUGUUAAGGAACCAAAUUAAUUUUGUAAUUUAUAAAUUAUUACCAUUUUUUAAUUCUAAGUAUGAAGAAAAGGUCUGCAAAUGUUUAUAUUCACAUUAAUGAUCCCUUAGCAUUUUUAUCUUUAUGAUGCUGAUAUCAAGACUGUGUCUUCUAAUAUUCUCUUUUUCAUACUCAUAUCUAUUUCAAAGAGGUAGUAGAAUUAAAUCUAGAAGUUGCCUAAAUUUUUUUUACAGUUUUCUUAUUCUGCAAAAUUGUACAUAUUGGUCCAUUCAUAUUACUUUUAUUUAUGACUUUGUAAAGAAAAUCACUACUUUAAAAUAGCUUCCGAUAUAUACGUGCUAAAAAUGGUGGCAGUUAAAAAACAAACACUUUGAUGCUUUUAAAUGUUAUAAAUAGUAUUUCUAGUUUGUAUAUUGAAAUCAAACAAUACUAAGAGCAAAAUUUAUUUUAGAUUUGUUUUCAGUUGCUAAUUUUAGCAAUAUUCUGGAAUUUUGAUAAUCUGUGAUUGCAUGUAAUUCAUACUCAUUUUUAGAUAUGCAUGAAGUUAGAAGUAACUCAGAAAUUUAUUCAGAUUAAAGAAUAUCUUAUCGCUGGAAUUUUUGUAAACAGUGUAUAUUUUACUCUUUCUCUGAGCAAAAGCAUUCCUUUGCAAGCAAUUUCAUUGGUGUAUAUUCAGGUUUUUUCAUACAUAAAAGACUGAUGCAUUUUUAAUUAACAAUUUACUUUCUCGAAAAUGCCUUUUCACGAAAUUUUCUAUCCAAAAUACUUUAUGUAUAAAAAAUAUUAUAAUUUUGUAUUCAGUAAAUUUUGAUCAAAUAAUCCUCAAGGUAUGAGUGUGUUUGGGUUAGUUUUGCUCUAAUGGCUAGAUGUUUUACAAGAUAAGCAUUCAUUGGGGAAGCCUACUCCUUCAAGCUUUGCAAUCUUCAUCCAAACAAACAAAAGUUAGAUUCACAGAAAAGUAUAAUAUAUAUUUUGAUUGAAAACGAAAAUUAAUUUUAUUACUGUAAUUCUACAAUUUUUUCUGUUUGGAUAAUCUGUACUUUAGGAUGUAUAUUUCUUAGGAUAGAAUACUUUAGGAUGACGCUGGUAUCUAAAAUUUACAUGGCUAACAUAUAUAAGGAAUUUACUUGUUCACAACUUUUCAGACGUUGAGUUUCAACUUAAAUGUCCCUCAUAGCUGGUUUAUAAAUUCACUGAGGACAUACUGUUAUAUGAAGCUACAUAUAAAAAAAAAAGUCAAUGUUGGACUAAUACACGUAUAAAGUAUAUUUGUUGCAUUUCGAAAAGUGAGGAAGUUCAUUUUCAUCAGUGGCAAACAGGAAGAUUCUUAAAUAUAACACUUGAAAACACUGUAAAGCAAAUUAGAGCUUAAAAAAAUUUCCCUUUAUAAUUCCAAAAUUUCAACUUUUUAACUGCUAGUAAUGUUAUUUAUCUAAUAACAUAUGCAUGAAGUUAGAAGUAACUCAGAAAUUUAUUCAGAUUAAAGAAUAUCUUAUCGCUGGAAUUUUUGUAAACAGUGUAUAUUUUACUCUUUCUCUGAGCAAAAGCAUUCCUUUGCAAGCAAUUUCAUUGGUGUAUAUUCAGGUUUUUUCAUACAUAAAAGACUGAUGCAUUUUUAAUUAACAAUUUACUUUCUCGAAAAUGCCUUUUCACGAAAUUUUCUAUCCAAAAUACUUUAUGUAUAAAAAAUAUUAUAAUUUUGUAUUCAGUAAAUUUUGAUCAAAUAAUCCUCAAGGUAUGAGUGUGUUUGGGUUAGUUUUGCUCUAAUGGCUAGAUGUUUUACAAGAUAAGCAUUCAUUGGGGAAGCCUACUCCUUCAAGCUUUGCAAUCUUCAUCCAAAGUUUAAAGGACAUAGCCCGGAGCCCAAAAAAUGUAUCGGAAUGUAACCAUCUUCUCAUUCUACCAACCUCAUGAGAAGAUUUUCGGCUUGAAGGUAUUUUAAGGGCUCCCUUUGAUGCAAAGACACUAUACAUUUACAAACAUUCAUGCCAGCUUUCGAAGCCAGGCUCAAGAUGGUAGCCUCUUCUCUUACUACUGUGUCAGCAAGAUAGCUGUUUUAGUUAAUUAUUUAUGUGCAAGUAAUCCAAAUUUAAUGCAAAAACUAGAAAUGAAAAAUUAUAAAAAAUUCAGGAAGAUGACCUAUAAUUCACAAAUUCCAUAAUCCACACAAUUUUAGUCCCAAAGUUUUCUUUCGUAAAGCAUUCUAUAUCCAUCAAAAAUAUGCAAAAUCUUGCUGUUAGAAUUUUGACAUUCUGCUGCUUGAUUACAAUAAGAAAUAUUACACGAGUAUACCUUCAUCAGCAACAUUUAGCAGUAUACAAACACAUUCACUGAUGCUUUUGGUUUUUUUCAUCCUAAACCUGGUGCAAUAGAUUAUCAGAAUUUUACUGUAUUAAUCUUUAUGAAAAAAUAUACUUCUAGUUCUGAAUUGAAGGAAUUAAAUCAUAAUUUAUAGUAUACUUUUAAAUGAGCUUCAACAUUGUGAUUAAUGAGCAUUCCAUUAGUAAAUGACUAUUCAAACAGUAGUAUAUUUCUCAGUACAUCCUGAAUAUAUUGCUGCUCUAAAUACUAUUUGCUAUUACAUAUGAAUUAUAUAUUCGCUUUUGUAUGCAGUAUCUAAAAUAGAAAGCUGUAUUGUUUAUGAUCAAAACCAAUUUUUUUCCAAUUAAAAUGAAAUUAUAAGUUGUG